AUGCGUGCAGAGCUCAUCCAGCUGAGGGAGGUUUCACACUUGCCUGGCCUGGCUGGGGGAAGACAGAGGACGGGAGCACAUCUGGAGCAGGGACAGAACCAGAACGGCCACAGAGUGCUCUCCAGUCUGCCCCUUCAGAUGCUGCUCUAUUUCAACGUCUUCUUCCUCCCCUUCUGGGGCCUGUCGGAGGCGAUUAUGCUGGAGCUGAAGUUUAGCUUGCUACCCCUCUAUUACCAGUGCUUGCUGGUUGGUGCGUACCUGACAAUUGUCGGAGUGGAAUCUGCCCGCCUCUUCCUUGGAUACGUUGGGAAUUUGCAAGAAAAGGUUCCGGAGCUGGCUGGAUUCCUCCUCCUGUCUGUCGUAAUCGAGAUGCCUGUCUUGCUCUUCAUCCUGACGGACCAUCAGGUGAUCCGGAUGCCUCUGGAAAUGGCAGUGCACGGCGUCCUCCUCUGCUUCCUUACCUCGGAGAUCGUGGCCGCCUCCUUUGCCCUCAAAGGGAUAGCCAGGCACCUGGCCAGGCAGUUCUACCUGAUGCAAACUAGAGAACUGGAAGCAAACAAGGACAUCAGAGUCCAGGCAUCCAGGCCUCCGUUCUCUGCGAACGCACGGAAGGCCUGGAGCAGCCAAGAUAGUGAAGGAUCUCGAUCUUCGCAGGAUGAGUAUUGA